ACAAAACGAAUUGUUAGACGCUUGGUAAAAAUUGAACGGUUCAUUAGCUGUUGUGUCCCUCCUGUUGCAAAAAAUUGACAAAAUAGGAAGAGAAUAUAAAAUAUUUAAAAGAAAAUUUUAUUAUAAAUAGAGAUUUUCCUGAUAUUAAAUUCCUUCAAAACAGUUUAAAGUAAACAAAACUGUUCAAAAUGACUGAUGGAGAAUAUGAUAAAGAACAGCUGAGAAUUCUUAGAAAUGCCUUUAAAGCUUUUGACCACGACGGUGCAGGAUGGAUAGAGCAUGCAGACGUUUCCAGCAUACUUGAAAUAUUGGGUCAGAAAUUGGAACCGCCAGCGGUUAAAGCCCUCAUUAAAGAGGUCGAUAAAGGAACAUCAGGUAAAUUGGAUUUCAGCCAGUUCUGUAAACUGGCCGCCCGCUUUAUCGAAGUUGAGGAAGAUGUAGGAGCCCUUCAAAAUGAGUUAAAAGAGGCCUUUCGUGUAUACGAUAAAGAAGGAAAAGGCUAUUUAACAGUUGCAACACUAAGGGGUAUUCUUCACGAAUUAGACGAUAAACUGUCUAACCAAGACUUGGAUAUGAUCAUAGAAGAAAUCGAUGCGGAUGGGUCCGGUACUGUUGAUUUUGACGAAUUUAUGCAAGUAAUGACAGGUUAGUCUUGAGAAAAACUCGUUUUACAAUGGCGGCCAAUGGACAUAAUCCUUAGAAAGUGUAAUAACAAAAAUUAUAUUCUCCAAUAAAAUGAAAUUAAAUUUUAUUAUCAAUA